AUGCGCUUGCGCCUGGUCCAGGUUCGCUUCUUCAUCAAGGUUCAACCGCCUUUCUACGUCAACAUCGACACGUGCUACCUGCGGUCUGGUGAGACGUUGGAGAUUCGCGUGGAGUUCGAUCCGGCCUACAAAGUGGAUCGCGUUUGUGGCACCGUGAAGCAGAAGCUGACAAUCGUGUACCAGGACCACCCGCAGCGGGAUCAUGUAAAUCUGGUUGGUGAAGUCAUCUUCCCAAAUCUCACGCUCAGCAACAACAAGUUGGAUUUCGGCUCCGUCCUCAAUGAGACGAGCAAGCAGCUCACCAUCACCAUGGCCAACCCCAAUGCUCUUCCCGUGAAUUUCCAGUGGUCCUUCGUGGAAGAAGCAGAGAUGAGCGAAGAUGAUGUAAGCGGCGGACAAAGGGCUUCGGUUGUGAUGCAGAGCACGGCGAACUCGGCUGCGAACUCCUUCAGUUCAGGAUUUCCGCCGAAACCGACGGCUUCCAUCCGCUCCAACGCCGAUCCGAAUCUGGAGAUGUCCAGCCUGCCGCGCCUGUCGCAAGUGGCCGAAAUGCAGGGCACGCUCCUCCCCAAGCAGAAGCAGCGCCCGGUAGUGGACAUCAAUCAGAUCUUUGACAUCCUGCCGAUCAUGGGUGUCUUGGAGCCGGGCCAAACGCAGGAUGUCACCUUCACGUACUUUGGCAUGAAGAACCAGAAGUUCGACUGCUUGGCCGUCUGUCAGACGGAGGGUGGCCCGGAGUACGAGGUGACGCUGAAGGGUCAGGCAUCCCGACUGGACUUCCGCCUCGACAAGACGGAGCUCGACUUCGGCGAGAUUCCGUACACGGAGGUGCAAGAGCGGGAGAUAGUCCUCGCAAACACCGGCAAGGUCGCCUUUCAAUUCAAUUGGAACCUUUGCGCUCUCUCACGUCCUCCGGUGCUCGACUGUUGGCCUGUCUCUGGCCAAAUCAAUCCUGGCGACAAGGAGCGAAUUACGAUCCGAUUCCGUACAGGUAUUCCGGACGAGGUGAACGAAGUCGCACUGCUGGAAGUUGCCCACUUCGAGCGGCAGCGAAUUAACGUCCGAGGACAUGGGAUCUUUCCGGGGAUCCUGCUCUUGCAGGGCAGCAAUCCUGACGUCUUCAAGGGCCUGGAGCGCAGCAAUGAGCAAGAGCAUCAGACGAACAAGGAGUUGGCACUGCAGCGGCUCAGAGAGAAUGGACCUCCUCCUCAAGCCGCCUGUGUCUCGUCCACCUCCAGCAUGCACAGCACGGAGAUCUCUCCAAACGACUCUGCUGCGAGCCUCGCGGAGUGGCAGCCAGAGCCACAGGUGGUGGAGUUCGAGGUUGACCGCCACUUCAUCUGCCAGUCGCUUCUGGCGAAAGAGAAGGAGCUGUGGGAGAAGCACCUGGAGAAGUGCAACAAGGAAAGCAAGGACACCUUCGGCAAGGGAUCGGGGAGAGGCUCGGCAAGGGGCCGCGGCGAGCGGCGCCCGAUGUUGGAAGUGACGCACAUCACAGCAGCCUAUUACGAAUGCAACUUCGGGCACAUUGUCCUUGGCCACUCCGGCAAGAAGGUGAUCUCGGUAUACAACUGCUUCCACGAGAACGUGUCCUUUAACAUCAACAAGCGGCUAUUGAUGCAGAAAGGCUUCCAGAUAAGCCCAGAGAAGGUGAGCAAACUACCGCCCGGCAAACAAGUGAAGCUGGAGCUCACCUGCUUCCGCGACAGGACCGGUGAGGAGGGCAAGCAGGAGCUGAACUGGAUCAUUCCGGUACGGGGUGGGCCAUCCUACGAGGUGAAGCUGAUGAGUGAAUUUGUGCGGCCUGACCUGGAGCUGUCUUCCGACUCCAUCGACUUCGGGCACGUGGUCGUUGGACAGGUGAAGAGGAUCACCAUCAAGCUUCGCAACGCCAAAACAGUGAUGGCCAGCUGGGAUUACAAGGCCCCGACGGCGAAGCCCGGGAAGCCCAUGGAGUUUGCAUACUCCCUGAGCCCUCGCUCCGGAAGGGUUGCUCCUGGAGAGUCUCAGCUGGUGACGGUGAGCUUCACGCCGACAUCAUCGCGCUCUUACAACCAGAAGGUGGCCCUCCGGAUCAUGGACAACCCCAUGAGAAAGAUGCUGCACAUGAGAGGAUGUGGUGACGGCUUGAGGGUGAAUGUGGAGCCUUCGACCACCUUCGAGCUGGGUCCGGUGCUGCCGGGCACGGAGGACUGUAUGCAGGAACUCUUCCUGUGCAACCCCACCAACUACACCAUCGAGGUGUACAGUGUGGACUUCGACACGAAGUAUCAGGAGGAGGAGUUCUUCCUCCAUGUCUACGACAAGUAUGAGAACAACUCCAUGGAGAUGCCGGUCCGCACCCCCGGAGCACUGACCUGGCCGGCUGUGGCCAAACACGGUCGGGAGGUGCGGCGCCAACAGGAGCGGCAGCGGAGGCUGCAGGAGAAGGAGCGCCGGCUCAAGGAGCGCGCCCUGCGGCUCCAAGAGGCCACGCUCCGUGUAGAGGCGGCCAGGAAGGCUUCGGAGGAGCCGCCAGAGGAUCCGGAAGAGGCCGAGACGCUUGGAAGGCAAGAGUCAGGCAAAAGUCUCGGGGAGAUGUGCACGACAGCUUGCGGGCUUUCAGGGAAUUCAGGCGGAGAAGGGCUUGAUGGCUUUAGGGUAUGUUUCGUCGGGUGA